ACCCAUGUAUUGAUGUAAAGAGGACACUCCGACACACCGCAGUAUGAUUGUUAGACAAGAUAAAGAUAGUCAGGAAAUUCUGUGGAUAAAAAACCCAACAGAUUAUUACAAGUCUGCUGCAUGCGAAGGUUGUGACAAAAACUAGAAUGGAGGGCACAUCUGAUAUUUCGGACUUGGAACCAGGAGCUGAUCAAGGGAAGGCUGGUCCCAAUGUUCACAUGCUUCUAAAAAUAGUAAUUCUGGGCGUCAUUGGCUUUGUAAGUGUUGUCGGAAACGGAAUAGCACUGGGGACGUUGAUAGUGUACAACAAACAGUUGCGUGUUACAAUCUACAUCGUGAUUGGUGGAUUGGCUCUAGCAGAUAUUGUUGUCGCGGUGAUGAAUGUCCCCGAUCAGAUCAUAUUUCAGGCUGACAAGGGAGAAUUGAAGUCAGAGACUUGGUGCAAGUUUUACGGCCUUCUGUAUAAUUCCUGUAAAUACAUUGCAGCAUUUCACUUAGUUGUCUUAGGUGUUCUCAGGGGAAUUUUACUCACUGACCGAGCUCAUCAUGGGCCUACAGCUAUUCAUGCUUUAAUAACUUGUGCCAUAUUGUGGCUGGCUUCAUUGCUUGCAAAUAUUCCGAUGAUAUCGUCAUCUAUUCACGAUUCAUAUACCAACCGUUGUGUUGUCGCAUUUGGUGAAAAAAAGGACCCAGUCUCUUUACAGAGCAGGGACACUGUAGCUGAAGAGCGCUACACUAUUUUAUCUGCAGCUUUCUCAUAUUUCUUACCAUUAGUUCUUAUUAUCAUCAUAUACUUGUUCACUGGUUACAUGAGUAAACGUUUUUUUGAGGACAGUUAUUCACUGCGGGAAAGGCGCAUGUCUAAAAUGAUUUCUAGUUUAAUUGUGACUUUUGCUUUGUGCCGGUUACCGUCAGAGACGGUCUCGUUACUCUGGUUCUACCAGGUGAAAAACACAGAUAUGAUGCAAGCAUUAAGCAAUGAUACAGACAAAUUUAAAGUGUGGAUUCACGUACGAGAAUAUCUUCAAAUUCUCUCAAUGUUUGAUAUGGCAAUACGCCCAAUAAUAUAUGCGACAAUGUCACGAGAGUUUGGACUUGUGUAUGAUAAAGUUAUCAAUUGUACGUACUGUAAAGAGGAGGAGGAAGAAUUACCACCACGUUUACGUCGUCGUGGUGACGAAAUUGAAGAAGUGCUACACACCCCACUACGGCAAAAUCCUGAGAACCAGGAGUGUCCAGACAACGAACCAGAAGAAAUUUUUUGAUAAAUCUAGUGCUAUGUUUUGCUUUAUUUUGUUGUUUAAGACUUACAUCUAUAGUUUUUUAAACAUUGAUUAGGGAACUUCACAGAAACACAUUUAACUUAUAGGUCAGUUUUGAAAAAUAAAUCAGCUUGCCAGCUGCUAGUCAUUUAACUUCUCAUGUACAUGUGAAGUUAUAAAGAAAUUUUUUUAUUUUUGUUGUAAGAGUCAUAACUUUGUGUAAAAUUGAUAAUACUUUAAAUUUUUGAGUUUAAACAAAGGUUUUACUCUUUCAUGGUUUCAAAAGUCAUAUUUGAAAAAUAAAUACACCAAAUAUUUGUAAGUUCUCAAAUACACCAAUGACAUUCUUGUUAAUGAUAAAUGGUUGACAGUCUUAACUUUCUAACCAUAGACACCAGCUAUUUGUUAAUAAUGUUAAAAUCAGAUAUUUGUAGCAUGUAAUAUUGUGUUUGUAUUACUUGGGCAUUAAAUAGAUGUAUCAACAUUAGCUUUAAUGUAUGCCAACAGAAUUUCCAAAACUUACUGUACAUUAUCAAUUGAGAUUUCAGUUACGUUUUGAUUUGACUGUGUCAUAAUUUAAAAACACUGUACAUUUAUAAUGUAAUUAUAUUUUAUCAGUACAUGAUUUUCAAUCCUAUUAUUAAAAGUACAUUCUUAUGGUAACACUAAUGCAUCAUUCAGUUGUAUCUAUUAGUAUUCCCUGCCCUCUGCCUGGGGAAUAUCGGGGACUUUGACUAUCACAUCUCUAGUAAGAUGUUAAAAUUCCUACUAAAUGCCUCUGCACUGUGAGUUAGAUAUUUCACGAGCUGUUUUGGUACCUUAACAAAACCAUUGUAGCUACCUGGCUGCUUGGGAUAAAUGUUGCCUCAUUUCCCGUACAAUCCCUAUGUGCAUUAACACUUAUCAAUUUUUUCAACUUCUUAAUUAGUUUGGGUGUUUAAACUUGAACAGAACAUAUUAUGGUUAAAGUAUAUGUAUCCUUUCUUUAAAAGUCAUUUCUUUUUUAAUAAAAAAGAUACUCAAUGUUCAAGGAGAUAAUUUGUAAUUGCUGUCUAACCUUUAAAACAUUAAUAAACAUUGUCAGAUUCUAGAUUCUUUCUCUGUCCCCAUGGUUACUCUUUAAGUCAAUUUUGUUAAUUGUUUUCUUUAUUUUGUUAUUGACACUGUAUAUAGUUAUAGGGGCUUUAAGCGAAAUUAAUGUAUGUGAACUUUGAUAAUGAAGAAUAUACAGUGGCUUUACGUUAAACCUUUUAUGACGGACUGUUUAAUUCUCUUAUUUUUGAUUUUCUGCUGUUAUUUUCUGUUAAUUCCUUUAUUGUUAAAUACAGUCAUGUAUAAGCAAAAAAAAAGCACAAGUUUUACAAUUGAAAUUAUAUUUAGACAUUAUUGAUUUAAUUAAAAACACAUACUUUAUCAGUAUUUUAUUACACAUAAUUCAAUUAUGUUAUUGUAUUGCUGUAAAAAAUGUAAUACUAACUAUUAUAAAAAAUUCUGCUGAUAUAUUUUAACAUUUUUGAUGUAGAGGCAUAAGACUGUAGAUGAAAUAAUGUAGGAUAUUUACAAAUUACCGUUAUGUUCUACAGUACCCUGUAUCAUACAUGUAUGAUCAACAGCUCUAAAAUUUUGUUUGUAUUGCAUUUAUUAUGUAUUUUCAUGGAACUAUUUGCUCAUGAUUUUGGCCUGCCAGUAUUUUUGAUAUGUUCGGGUAAUGUUUUAUCAUGAUCACUUUGUAUAAUGUCUACCAGAUAGGAAUAUUUUAUAUGAAAUUGUCAACCAUUACACCGGUAUAAUGUCUACCAGAUAGGAAUAUUUUAUAUGAAAUUGUCAACCAUUACACCGGUAUAAUGUCUACCAGAUAGGAAUAUUUUAUAUGAAAUUGUCAACCAUUACACCGGUAUAAUGUCUACCAGAUAGGAAUAUUUUAUAUGAAAAAAUUGUCAACUGUUACACUCACUGACUGGAGGGUUAGGUGACUCCUAUCCUGAUUUAUAAUGCUGUCAUCUUUAUGGUCGUGUCAGUAAAUCAGUUCAGUUAAUUUUAACACAACUGGUAAAAAGAAAAUAUUGAUAACACAGGUAGACUAUUAUAGAUAGUAUCAUGGUAAAACCUUGUUUUUAUUUCUUAAAUCUUGACUUCAGGUAUAUUAGCAUUAUAAUCUAUGUAUAUAUAUACAUAAUAUAAUAUUUCUGUGUAAAUAUAUAGAUAUUGUAAUCUACAGUGAUGCUAUACUUUAGGCUUAAUCCCUGGUUGAGUGGUUGAGGUGGUUGGCUUUAAACCUCUUACCUCAUACUUGUAGGUUCGAGCCACGUGUCUUUGGAUCAUUCAUGUGAGAAAGCUAUCCAGCUAGCUUAAGGAACAUCAGCGUUUCUACUCAGGUUCCCAUUAGUGCCUGAAAUAAUUCAAAGAUUCAAGGAGGACACCUGAAGUCCUCCUCCACCAGUUAAGCUGGAAAGUUGCCAUAUAACAUAUACUGUGUUGAUGUGAAGUAAAACCAAACCAAAAAAAAGCACAUGAUUUGUAAUGUUAUUUUUCCAAAACUGCAAAAGUUAAUUAGCAAAGCAAACACUGUAUAAAGUGUAUGAUGAUUGCAGAUUUUACAUUGAUAGCAUGUCUGGAUUUCUAGUGUUUGAUUCACUUGUUGUAAUUUAAACCAUAUGCUUUAUAUGAUUUCAAUCUUCCAUUUUAUAUGAUGUUGAAAUUCAUACAUUACUAUCAGAAAAUAUUACUCUGUAGCAUAUUUGUUUUUUUUCUCCAAACAAUAAUAAGUAAAAAUCACUGCUUCACUGGUUGCCAGUACAGACUACAAUAUCUAGCUCUCUGGUUACCAGAACCUCAUUACCAUCUUUUAACACUUACUUUUAAGCCAAAUGUUAUAAUCUGUACCAGCAGCCAAUAUAAGAUUCUUAAAGUCUAUGGAUAGUUCUUUGAAUUUCCAUGUUGCAAAUUGUAGAAAAUCUGAUUUUUGUUCAUUUAUUAAGGAGGGUUAUUAGCAACAAUGUCUCAGAUAAUUGUUCAAAAUUACUCAAAUUAUUUUUUU